AUACAUUAAUAAUUAUUAAUAUUAUUUUUCUUUUCUCUUUUUUUUUCUAUAAGCAAGUAGAAUUUAAUGCAUGGAAGAAGUUAAUUUUUUUAUGACGGAAGAAGUCUCCACUCUCUUUUAUAAGUUAUAACUGAAACGUUCUUAUGUCACACUCCCAGUGGGGGUUAAGUCUACGAGCACAACUAGUUGCGGAGGCUUUACCACAACUCCACAACCAGAUGACAUAAGCAAAGACUGUUUACAUAUACUCAUGGAAGAGAGAUAAAAUGGGUGUGAGAGUGAAAUGUGAAUUGUGAACUAUGAAAUGAAUCAAAAUUCGUUCCCCAAUUAGCUUCUGGGUUUUUAAUGUCACUUUUGUAACUGAAGAGCACUCGGUGGCUUAUUGAAGAGUAGAAGGAUUUUUCUUAACAAGGCCUUUCUGAAGGCAUCAACUAGCAUGCUUUGGUUCUGUCACCUUUAAUUGCCAAUAGCGGAGACCAGAGAGAUUAUUGUUUAACGUAUUUCUGCGUUUUAACAUCUGGACGGACAGUGAAGAGAAAUUCCGGCAAACAGAUCAAAGAUGGUCCCAAUUGACCCCGCUUUCAACGACAAGCACAAAAAACGAGGCAUUGUGUAUACUUGCCCUGCUUCUGUUUCUGCCCAAGAUUUGGGAGAAUUUGAUUUGGAGAAAGAGAAAAGUGUGGUAACUCUAAAAGAACUUUUAGAAGACUGCAUUAGAGAUACUGACAACUCUCAACAACUAUCUGAAUUGGCUGUUAGUUGUCCAAGCUUAAGGACACAGUUUUAUUGGAGCAAGUUUUUGAAACUAUGGAAAAGAAGAUCUUUUAAGCACCUACCAUCUUUUCCUCCGAGUUGUGUGCCAAACAUAACAAAGACUAAAAACAGAACCAUUCAAGAAAUUUCUGUUGUAUGUAAUUCAUACUGUUCCAGAACUUUGAUGAAUUUUAGUCUCGAUAACCUGAGAAAUGCAACCAACAAUUUUAGCAAUGAGAAUAUGAUUGGAAGAGGUGGCUUUGCUGAUGUUUACAAGGGUAGCCUCCAAGAUGGACAACUAAUAGCAGUUAAGCGACUGAAUAAAGGGACUCCAGAAAACAGAACAUCAAGCUUUCUGUCUGAGCUAGGCAUUCUUGCUCAUGUUGAUCAUCCUAACACUGCCAAACUUAUUGGAUGUGGAGUAGAAGGAGGAAUGCACCUUGUCUUCGAACUAUCUCCACUGGGAAAUUUAGGGUCUCUUCUUCAUGGUCCAAAUAAAAAUAAAUUAGAUUGGAGUAAAAGGCAUAAAAUUAUUAUGGGGAUAGCGGAUGGCCUUCUUUAUCUUCAUGAGAUUUGUCAAAGGCGAAUCAUUCAUAGAGACAUUAAAGGAGAGAAUAUUUUGCUCACAGAGAAUUUUGAGCCACAGAUUUGUGAUUUUGGGCUUGCAAAAUGGUUACCAGAACUGUGUACUCACCGUAAUGUAUCAAAAUUUGAAGGCACAAUGGGGUAUUUAGCUCCUGAAUAUUUUAUGCACGGCAUAGUAAGCGAGAAAACUGAUAUUUAUUCCUUUGGGGUCUUGCUUUUGGAGAUUAUAACCGGGCGUCAUGCUUUGGAUCAUCUGAAGCAAAGUAUUGUGUUAUGGGCCAAGCCUUUAUUUGAAGCCAAUAACAUUAAGGACCUUGUUGAUCCUUCUCUGGGUGAUGAUUAUGACCGGGAACAAAUGGAUCGUGUUGUUUUGACUGCAUCUCUGUGUGUUGAGCAGUAUCCUAUCUUACGCCCCAGCAUGAGUCAGGCAAGUAUGCAGCCUAAGACGUUGCAUUACUGCAAUCAUCAUGAAAAAUAAACUAAGAUAUUGUUGCAAUACUGCUAAGAGGUGAUGACUUUGUGCUGGAACAUAGGAGUCACUAGAUGCUAAAUAACACAACUCAAGAAACUAUCUAAGUGAUCUCAGUCGAGGUAAGCAGGAUGCCUUAGGUUCUUGAGAACUAAGGAAACCAUAUUCAAAAUCUUAAGUUGUGUUACAUGGCUAAAUAGUAUUUGAUUGUAGGAUAGGAUAUGCGAGAGAAGAUGAGGAGUUAAAGUCCUCUCCCUCCAAUUUUUGUUUCGCUUUUAAUAUUAGGGAAUUAUCCUUUCCUUCUUUCUUCCCUAGAAUCAAAGACUCCAAUAAUGUCCAUCUUAUAGCAUUUGAAAGUCAAUAGAAAUAACCUCUCUUGGACUUAUUGAUUUAAAGGAAGAGAAAAAACGGGAUGAUAGGCUUGCAUUAAGUUCUUUGUUAUCGAAAUUUUAAAUUAAAUUAUGAAAAGUUGAUGUUGUAAUAUA